UGGACAGGAUUUAUACAUUCGAAUGGCUUUUUCUGAUUCAGACCACGAAGAGACAAAAGGCACAACUAAAAUGAUGGCUGGACUGAUAAUUGCAACUGCCAUUCUUGUAGUUGUUGGUGUUCUUGUAAUCACCUACUACAUUCGAAGGAGCCAUCGAAACAUAGAAGCAAGAGAAAAUGGCAGCAGUGAUGAAAGACAAAUUGAAGAUGUGGAGCUCCCAUCCUUCGAGUUAGAUUUAAUAUCGAAUGCCACCAGUAACUUCUCUUCAAACAACAAACUAGGAGAAGGUGGCUUUGGGCCUGUAUACAAGGGUACUCUACCAGAUGGAAAAGAAAUUGCCGUAAAGAGGCUCUCAAGAAGCUCUGGACAAGGAAUAGCUGAGUUUAGGAAUGAAGUAGCACUUAUAGCCAAACUUCAACAUCGAAAUCUUGUAAAGCUUCUAGGAUGCUGCAUUCAGGGGGAGGAGAAAAUGCUGAUUUACGAAUAUAUGCCCAAUAAAAGUUUGGACUUCUUCAUUUUUGACCAUACAAGAAGGAAUCUAUUAGACUGGCCAAGGCGUUUUCACAUUAUUUGUGGAAUUGCUAGAGGGCUUGUCUAUUUACAUCAAGAUUCUAGAUUGCGGAUCAUCCAUAGGGAUCUCAAAGCAAGCAAUGUUUUGCUCGAUAGUGAAAUGAAUCCCAAAAUUUCUGACUUCGGCAUGGCUAGAACAUUUGGAGGAGAACAAUUUGAGGGGAACACAAAUAGGGUAGUUGGAACCUAUGGUUAUAUGGCACCAGAAUAUGCCAUUGAUGGGCAAUUCUCAAUAAAAUCUGAUGUCUUCAGCUUCGGAAUAUUGUUGUUGGAGAUAAUAAGUGGGAAGAAGAAUAAAGGGUUUUACCAUCUCAACAAUAGCCUUAACCUUAUUGGACAUGCUUGGAGAUUGUGGAAAGAAGGAAAUCUUUCAGAACUGAUUGAUUCAUUUGUACAAGACUCUUGCACUCUAUCGGAAGUAUUGAGGUGCAUCCACAUUAGUCUCUUAUGUGUUCAACAACAUCCUAAGGACAGGCCAAAUAUGUCAUCUGUGGUUUUAAUGCUGGUUAGUGAGACUGCAAUGGUAAAUCCCAAAGAACCUGGUUUCCUUGUUGACAAGAAAUCAUUGGAAGCAAGUUCAUCUAGCAAGCCUGAAUCAUCUUCAACCAAUGAACUCAGCCUCUCAGUGUUAGAACCUCGAUAAAAGGUUAAUUACUUGAAAACUAAUAUGCCUCAUGCUGCAAACAUUACUUAUUGCAAAUAUUACUUAGCUGAAAUAGGUAGGAAUUUGGGUUAAGUUGAUAAUAUUAAUCAGCAAGCUUUCUAAUUGGGAUUUUUCUGUGAGUAGGUAUUAUUUUCUGUGCAUAUAUUGAGUUGAAUUUGCUUAUAAUUAAUUUUAUUGAGUCACUUGUAUUGAAUUUGCAUUCCUAAGUUAUAAUGCAUGUGCGUAACUUGUAAUGAACCUAUACUUUGAGU